AAUUAAUUUCUGAGCCCUCCUCCGUUGCAUGGAUUCCGUCGUAAACAAAUAACCGCCACCACCGGCCGUGUAUGGCGACGUCGAGUGCGCGAAGAUCGUCUUCUAUCGGUGAAGCAGAUAAUCAAAUCACUGAAUCCGAAGUGGUUGAAAGCGAAUAUGCCGUUGAUUCCAUCAAAAUCGACGAGUCUGUUUCUUAUGCAUUAUCUGAAUUUUUGUUCGAAGAUGAGAGUGUGAUAGCAGAGGGGUAUGGUGUUCUUGUUAACACAGAUGAAGCAGGCACGGUGUUCGUGACCAAUUUCCGUCUUCUUUUUUUGAGUGAAGGAUCCAGGGAUGUUAUUGCACUAGGAACAAUACCAUUGGCUACCAUUGAAAAAUUCAACAAGAUUGUGAUAAGGCAGCCAUCUGGUACUCGGCAGCCAGAGAAGGCUCCUACACGUAGGCUUCUUCAGGUUGUUGGCAAAGAUAUGAGAAUCAUUAUAUUUGGUUUUCGCCCGGGGACUAAGCAGAGACGUGCGGUCUUUGCUGCAUUGAUGAAGGGUACAAGGCCUGCAAUGCUCUGGGAUCUCUAUGCUUUUAAUUCUGGUCCUUCCAACAACAGUAACACUAACCCUAAAGUGCGGUUAGUAAACGAGUACUACCGGCUUCUUGGUAUGGGAUCACUUCAGUCAUCAAUCAGCACAAUAGAAGAUGGUUUAUUCAAAUUACAUAAUGAUUGGUGGAGGAUUAGUGAUGUAAAUGCUAAUUAUAACAUGUGUACAACUUACCCAUUUGCUUUAUUAGUUCCAAAAGCCAUCAGGGAUACAGAUCUGCUAAAAGCUUGUACAUUUCGUGCACGGUGUAGACUGCCUGUAAUAUCAUGGUGCGAUAAACGCACUGGAGCUGUUCUUGCUCGGUCAUCCCAACCAUUAGUUGGCCUCAUGAUGAAUAUGAGGAGCAAUGCUGAUGAGAGUUUAGUUGGUGCUCUUUGUACUCGUUUUUCUAGGGGGAAAGAAGGACGGAGGAAGUUAUAUAUAGCUGAUGCAAGACCCCGGAAAAACGCUUUGGCAAAUGGAGCCAUGGGUGGGGGUUCAGAGUCUUCUUCCAACUAUUUCAAUUGUGAGAUUGUAUUUUUUGGGAUAGACAAUAUCCAUGCUAUGAGAGAGAGUCUUGUUCGUCUCAGAGACUACUUGGAUACACAUGGAACCACAUCAUCAGAUGGAAUGUCAUCGUUCUUGAGAGAUGGCGGAUCGACGUGGGGUAGAGGUAAUCUCAGUAGUAUGUCUGCUUCAGUAUCAACCCUUGGUGAUAGUGGUUGGUUGAUACACGUCCAAAAUGUAUUGGCUGGUUCCGCUUGGAUUGCUGCUCGUGUUGCGUUGGAGUCUGCAUCGAUGCUUGUUCAUUGCAGUGAUGGAUGGGACAGAACAACACAGCUGGUCGCCCUUGCGAGUUUAUUACUUGAUCCAUAUUACCGGACCAUAAAUGGAUUUCAGGCUCUUGUUGAAAAAGAUUGGCUUGCCUUUGGUCAUCCAUUUUCAGACCGAGCUGGAAUGCCAAGUUUUUCGGGAAGUGGUAGCAUACCCUUAGAACUUUCUAGACACGCUUCGAGUCCAAACAUUACAUCACCGUCACCAGCACCCGCACCGUCAUCACCUUCAUCAUCCAUACGCCAGUUAUCCACAUCAUUAACAUCUCAAGCUCCACUUUCUAACACACAGCAUUCAAACAGUUAUUCUCCAAUAUUUCUUCAGUGGGUUGAUUGUGUUUCACAAUUAUUACGAAUGUACCCUUUUGCAUUUGAGUUCUCAUCGGCUUUUCUGGUUGAUUUCCUGGACUGUGUGCUUUCAUGUCGGUUUGGGAACUUCUUGUGCAACAGCGAGAAUGAAAGAGUGAAAGCUGGUGUUUUUGAGGCAUCUGCAUGCUUGUGGGAGCAUCUGGCAGAUAUGCGUUCUUCAGAGGGAAGUUCUCACGUACACUACAACAUAUUUUAUAAUCCAUCUAAACAUGAUGGCCCCUUAUUACCACCCGCAGCAGCUUUGGCUCCAACGUUAUGGCCUCAAUUUCAUCUUCGGUGGGCUUGUCCUUCCGAAGCCCAAUCUAGCCAGGUUGAAGCCCAAUGCAGAAACAUGAUGGGGAAUUACUCUGAACUGCAAAAGGCAAAGGAUUUAGCUGAGAGCAACGCGAGAGAAAUAACGACAACUGUAGAAUCGUUGACUGCUGAUCUACUUAAUGAGAGCCAGGUCAGCUACUCAGCUGUAGCAUCGGCUAGAAAAGCAAAAAUUGAAAAUGCUGGCAUCAAGCGAGCCAUCGAAUCACUUGGAUAUAAGGUCCGUGUUUCAGAUGCAGCUGACAUUGAAAACCAUCCUGCUAGAAAGACGAAUAUUCCCUCUCGAACAAGAGAAACAAUAGGCAGUGGAGAAUUAUCUGAUGAAAAGACGGAUUUGUCCGUCUCCAUCUCGGUUACAGAGGAUAACGAUAAUGAUUCCGGGAACUUAACCAGUCGGAUUUGUGAAUCUUUAUGCCCGUUACGGGCCGAAGAUGGUGGGUGUAGGUGGCCCAAUGCAGGUUGUGCUCGACUUCGGAGCCAAUUUAUAGGCAUGAAAGCUAAUUAUGAUGCUUUUGAUAGGCUAUCUAUCUAUGAUAGUUACUUCCAACCCGAAUGACAAAUAAGUUUAAGUUUUGAUCAUGAUUCAACACAAAGUUUUAGUUCAAACAUGUCAUGUAAGAUAGUUAAAAGGUGCUUUCUGGUGGGUGGAAAUCAAUAAAAUUCUGUGUUUGAAAA